GAACAGGGACAAACCCAUUCCCCCCCCCCGGUGGUGCCAGGGCCAGCCGAGCAAGGAUGCCAGCCCAGGGGUCUCGCUCCCCACUCGGGGCCUGGUCCCGCUCCUCCCUCCGGAUCUUCUACCAGACUCCCCAGCAGGCAAAAACACCCCAGAGAGGACCAGCUUUCUGGAGCAACUCGGCGGCAGCCAAGUUGCCCCAGAAGCAGAAGGUCUUCCUGGCCAGGAAGAAGAAGUACAAUCUAGGCCUCUCGCCCCCCAAAUUCUUUGGCAUAACCAGUUGGGCACAAUUACUUGCCGUUUUCUUAGCGGUGGUAGCUCUGGCCCUGUUCUCCCUGCUGAUGGGUUUCCUUAACAUCUAUAUCCAGAAGGCCGACACAUUAAAUGCCCAAACUCUCCUGAUGAGGACCAGGGAGAAAAGGCUGAACGAUGCUAUCAAACUGUUGGCGGGAGACCAAGGUCAACACUGCAAACCCUGCGGGGACUACACCUGGCUGCAACGGGCGGAAGGCUGCUACCGAUGGACGGAUGGCUUGAUGCCCUGGAGAACCUGCGAGGACGAAUGCCAGAGGCAGGGAGGCCGGCUGGUCAAGGCCGACACGGAAGGGGAAAUGGAAUUCCUGCUCCGAGAGUCCCACAAAUGGGUCAUCCUGGUUAACCACAGCUACGUCCUGCAGAGGACCUGGAUCGGUUUGUUCUUCAACCUGUCUCGGGGGACCUGGCACUGGGCAGACGGAGGCUUCCUGCACCUCCGGAUUCGGAGAAUGCUGGCCUUAGCCUGACUCCUGAAGGGACACCAAGUCCUGCUUUAAAGAGCAGCCGAUGUUAGAGUACAGAGAACACACCCGUCCCGGUGGUCCUGGACAUACGACAGUUUGUUUAGUGGCCGUUCAAAGUUACAACGGUUAUAUUGUAUUAAAUUUGUAAAACUUUUAAUAAAAGAAAAAAUAUAAAAAAG